AAAGAAUGACGAGGCAGCAGAAUAUUAGAUUUGGAUGAGAUGAAGACAAAUGAGAUUGAGAAACGAAGCAUCCUUCUUCCCUUCCCUAUCCACUCCUCUCCAUGAUUGCUUACCUCACCGACACUCCCACUCCCUUCCCUCUUUACUAAAACUACUUCACCGCCUGCUCUCUCUCCCUCUCUCUUGAGGCACAAGUUUUGAAGCUCUCCCUUUCCCAAAGUAAGUAAGAACCCACAAAGAUUCAUGGAAGUUUCUGCAGAAGCUAAAUGUAGCGCCUCUCCAUCAUAUGGCGGCUACGGCAAGCCUCCCUGGAUAUUCAAGGGCAGAGCCUUGUACCAGCUCCAUCUCGUCAAGGCAGAAACUGCUCGAGCAUUCAUUCCAAAAGAGUCCAAGCUAGUUGAAGCUUUUGGAUACACUCUAGGUGGUUUCUUCCUCGCAAACUAUGAAGAUAGCCCCGCUGGAUCUUUCGAUGAGCUGGUUGUGAUUGCUGGAAUUGUGUGGAACCCGCCAACAUCUUGCGCAUGGGCAGCCAGGGUACUUGUUAACAGUGAAGAUGCAUGUCAUCAUGGACGCAAGGAAGUUGGACUGCCGAGUCACGUUGCCAAGUUCUCAAAGAGAACAAUGGCAGUUCCCAUGACUCAGAAGAGUAGAGCCAGUGGCUUUCUCAACAUGAUUGGCUUGGGUGCUUCUGCGUCUACUCUCACAGACCGCUUGGAUGUUCGAGUCACAGAAAUGGCAGUUCGUUCACCAACUAAUAACGCCUGUAAUAUCAACAUCGCAACUCUUGUUCCAGGGAUGAAAUUGGACCGGUGGAGAGGGCCAGAGAUCAAGUUAUCAUUACCGAGUUUCAGCGGCCGAACUGAGUGCAAUCCAAACCUACUGAAGUACACUUGCAACCUUAAAUGCAGGAUAAGGACAGUGCAGCCAGCUAUAGCAUCUGUGUCGAUGCAAGAUCCACAAGAAGCUAUGGAUGACUCUGCUGCUGUAGAUAGCAAUCCAAACCUAACUCUGUCUGUUCUCUUAUCAAAACCCAUUCUAGCCUUGGAAUUCAGUUCUCUUGAAAUGAAAGUGGGAGCCCCACUUGUAGUAGUUCCCCACUUUUCUAAAAGCUCCAGUAGAACCUCCUUAGGAGUUCCCUAGCUUCAAAAAUAAACUGCACUUCCAAUCCCUUUAUUUCUUUCCUUUGUUUCAUAGAACUCCACUUCACAAACUACCAACACAUUCUUCAAAAGGGAAAAUAGAAAGGAACUAUACAGAUUUCCUACAUUCAAUUUCCACAACUUGAACCAAUCGUCAGAAAGCCUCAGGUAGAGGCUGAGCUUUUAGGAAGGCCUUGAAUAAAACCAGUGACCUCUCAGGCUGAGAGAAUGGUGCUUCAUGGGAUGCUCCUCUUAUGGUAGCAAAAGACAAGAUGUUCCCAUACACUUGAGUCCACCCACCAACCUGGAAAAAGAAAAGAAAAAGCAUCAUCAAAUCAAAAUCCCCUAACAAAUACAAUCACCAUACCACUCCACAACAAAGGUACAAACUUGUCCUAGUUAUUACCUGCUGCCCAGCAAACCAAACCCUGUAAGGCACAGAAGUUCUCAAACCCAAUUCCUUAGCCAGUCCGUUCACCAGCAUCCUACUUCCAGUCAGUGGAAUAACUGAGUCCUGGUCUCCACUGCAAAAGUUUUAACAACAGAAUAAAUCCCUCUUUCAUUCAUCAGCAUAAAACCGUGUCUUUUUCUCACUCAACCCUAACCCUAACCUGUAAACUAGCACUGGGAUUCCAGCCUUGACGAGUCUCCCCACCGCCCCUAUCGUCGGUAUCUCCAAAUCAAGCAGCUCAUAAUCCAGUAUGCUGCAAAAUUUCAAUAACCCAGAUAGAAAGUGAGGAACUUUUCAUUUCAGAAUUCCAAGGCCGCGAGGAAGUGAGAGGCCAUGUAUUAUUACUUGCUACACACGCUCCAUCUCCGAACUCCAACGAGACGAGCAUGGAGAGCCAUCUGGACAUCGACCCUGUUGAGGUAAUUAACAGUCUCGUCUUCCACACAGACAUCGAUCGAUUCAGCAACUUCCUGAGGACGCAGUGCUUUGGUUUGAGAGAGGACUGACGAAAUGCAGACGUCGAGAGUGACAUCAUACUUGUCCACGAAUUUGCUGGUCUCGGUGCUGACUUGGGUCAUCACCCUCGAACAAGGAGCCGAGACUGAACCUCUGUAGUACUCACUGACAUAGCGGGAGUAGUUGCAAGUGGAGGUGAACAUUUUGUAGGUGGUGUCUGAGAUUAGGCCGUGGGACCAGAAGAACUCUGCCCUCGAGUUGAAGUCUGUGGCAAAUUCAAGCACUGGAUUCCCCAGCUGAAAUGAUAGAACAGAAUUAGUAAUGAAAUGGGAAGGCCUCUACUUUUUGUUCUUUGCAAAAUUUCAAGUACUUACAGCAAGUCCUUUCAAAUUGAAGAGAUAUUCCUUCUUGUUGUGCUGUAGCAUUAGCUCUGCCAGCUGGGGUAUGUAAUGACCUGUUCAUUGGUUCCACUAAAACCAUCAGAAUAAGGGAAAAAAGAUGCUAUCUUUGUUGAACCAGAGGAAGCUCAAGUACCUGCAUAGCUUUCUCCAGUUAUGAACAAGCUUCUGUUCUUGUACUGCGGGAAUUUGAGGAACCAUUUUUGCAAGAAGGCCAGAUUGUCCCUGGCUGCAGACAGAAUACAGACAAAAAACAAAUAAAGCAGCUGAAAUUAAAGAAAAAGAGAGAGGAAAACAGUGUCAUGGCUGUAAAGAAGAACUUCUGUCACAUUAAGCAUUAUCUGUAAAGUUGGAUGUGAAAUCAGAAAAAAACACAGAGAAGAUAAAUAUUCUUUUGAUUCAUAAAAGUACAGAGAAGAAAGAAGGGUGUGAUUAGAUAGACACGAACCGGUGAUGAGAUCAGUGACGCCGUCAUAUGCAGAGGAAUCCGCGGCAUAAGGGAACCCAACUCCAAUUGGCGCCUCCAAGUACAACAUAUUCGCUUCUGUGUUCCAGCUGUGUUCAUUCCUAAUCAAGACUUGCCCAUUUGGUCUAAACGGCCCAUUCUCAGAAAAUGCCCCAACUCCCAGAGAAGAACAACCGGGCCCUCCGUUGAGCCAGAGGACGAGCGGCUUGGAAAAUGGGUCGAAUUCAGCUUCAGCAAAGUAGUAGAACAGAGAUUUCUGCUUCUUUUCAUCGACGGUGAUGUAGCCAGAAUACUGCUGGAACAUCACCGGCGGCUGGCCGGGCAGCUGAACCACUCUGUCCAGCUCGCAUGGACCAAAACAGUCAACCAUCACAAGGCAUGAUGACAUUAACAGCUGCAGCAGAAACAGCACCAAUGGCUUCAUCAUCAUGCUUCUUCUUUUGUCUUUCUGUUUGUUGUAUGGGAAUGGAAGGGAGGAAAGAAAGAAAGAAAGAAAGAAAGAAAGAGGGAGUUGGGGGGAAAUGUUGCUCAAGAGGGAGUAGCAGGCAUUAUAAAAGAAAGGAAAUUGAACAUAUGGGUUCGUCUAUUUCUUGGAUUAUUUGAUGAGGUGAAGUAGGAUUGAGAUUAUGCGUACAUGUGUAUAAAGAUGGUGUCUUUCUUUCUUUCUUUCUGCAGAACUGGAAAGAGGAAAGUGGAAGGCAGAGAGUGGAAGUUAGUGGAGUGGGGGUGGGCUACUGCUACUGCUACUGACUUGCUCUGCUGCUGCAG